AUGGGUAAAAUUGCACUUAUCGGUGCCGCAGGCCAAAUUGGCACACCUCUCAGCCUCCUUUGCAAGGCGGUGAACACUAAGGCCAAGGUCAGCGGCUAUCUACCUGACAAUGGAGGUCUCAAGAAGGCUCUUGCUGGCGCCGACAUUGUUGUUGUGACCGCUGGUAUUGCCCGUAAGCCUGGUAUGACGAGAGAUGAUCUUUUUAAGACUAAUGCUAGCAUCAUCCGUGACAUCUUCUCUGAAGUCGCCUCUACUUGCCCUAAUGCGAUCUCCUGCGUGGUGACGAACCCCGUGAACUCUACCGUGCCCGUUGCAGCCGAGACUCUGAAGAAGGCUGGUGUUUUUGAACCCAGACGCCUCUUUGGCGUUACGACUCUCGACGUUGUGCGUGCCUCCACAUUUGCUGCACACGCCCUCGGUGGAAAUAUUGAGCCCAAGCAACUUAGGGUCCCAGUAAUUGGCGGUCACAGUGGAGCCACCAUUCUUCCCCUUUAUAGCCAAGCUCAACCUGUUGUCCAGCUCAGCGAUGAGCAAUUAGCACCUGUCAUCAACCGUGUGCAAUUUGGUGGUGAUGAGAUCGUGAAGAGUAAGCAAGGAGCUGGCAGCGCUACGACCUGCAUGGCAUACGCUGGCUUCCGCUUUGUUAAGGCUCUUAUGUCGGCCCAGAGCGGUCAAUCUGUGACAGAAGAGGCAUAUGUAUAUCUCCCAGGCAUUCCCGGGGGGCGCGAACUUGCUGCGGAACUUGGUGUGGACUACUUUGCCGUCAAGGUCCAAAUAGGCCAAAAAGGUGCCACCAAGGUGCUUCCUAUUGGCGAUUUGUCUGGGAAUGAGAAGAAACUGCUUGAGGCUGCUCUGUGCGAGCUUAAGACGAACAUUGCCACAGGUGUUUCUUUUAUGAGCGUCUGA